UGGGGGAGUGAACAGAGACUGGACGGGAGUCCCCCGGAAGCUGUACCAACCCGGUUCGAGGGGGAGUCACUGCGUGUGCGUGAGGGCUACAGGCCCUCCAUGGGGCCAGCCUGCCUCCGCCGAGCACAGCGACAGAGGUGAUCUGGACAACCCUCACCUGGAGGAAUACGAGGGCUGCCAUCCACUCUCUGAGCAGUGUGUCCUGAAGGUGUGA